AUGGCUACGGCUAGCAAGGGCAGCAAGGCGAAGGGGGGGGGCGUGCGCUUCGCCCCCAGCCAGCCCGCCGAGGGGGCCCAUGGCCACGUCCACUUCGACGAGAAGCUCCACGACUCGGCGGUGAUGGUGACGCAGGAGAAGGACGGCAACUUCCUCGUCAAGGUGGGAUUCCUGAAGAUCCUCCACAAGUACGAGAUCACGUUCCUCCUGCCCCCGCUGCAGAGGCUGGGGAAGAACAUCUGCGCCGUUCCCCUCCCCAACCUCAACCUCCGAGUCAUCGGCAUCACCGCCCUGCCGGAAGGCUACAGUGUGAAGUGCGAGUACACGGCGCACAAGGAGGGGGUCCUGAAGGAGGAGAUGGUCCUGGCCAGCGAGGCCGGUGAAGGCGCCUCCAUCAAGGUCGUGGUCCAAGCCCGCGUCAUGGACCGGCACCACGGCACGCCGAUGCUCCUGGACGGGGUGCGCUGCAUCGGCGCGGAGCUGGAGUACGACUCGGAGCAGAGCGACUGGCACGGCUUCGACUAG